GAUCCAUUUGAGUGAUGUACCUUAGCUCUUGGUGUAAUAAAUAGCAAUACUUCCAUUUGUAAAUAGAUGCAAAACUACUAUCUGUCUUGGAUAAUGUUGUUCAUAUUACGCAUGAAUAAUGCCUCAUUGUUUCGAUGUAUUUGUAUGAAUUCAGUCUCUUUAUUGUACACUACGGAAUUCAUUCAUCACUAAUUGGAGUAAAAGCCUUCGCAUGGAUAAAUGGCUUCAAGAUAGAAAACUCUGGCUCUUUGGAAAUACUCUACCGCUACUGCCAAGAAGGUCUCGCGCACCAAGCAAGACGAUGGAAAGAUACGAAAGACUGGCACGGCUUGGAGAGGGCAGCUAUGGGGUUGUUUUCCAAUGUCGUGAUAGGCAGACAGGAAAGUUAGUGGCGGUUAAAAAAUUUCAACAGACGGAAGACGAUCCACUUAUUCGGAAAAUUGCUCUUCGAGAAAUUCGUUUAUUAAAGAAUUUAAAACAUCCAAACCUCGUUAAUUUAUUAGAAGUAUUUCGGAAGAAAAGAAAAUUACAUCUAGUAUUUGAAUACUGCGAGCAUACUCUGCUCAAUGAAAUGGAAAAAUAUCCCCACGGCUGUCCAGAGCAUCUAAUACGACAGUUAACUUGGCAAAUACUUCAAGGAGUGGCAUAUUGUCAUAGAUUGGGCUGUGUUCAUCGGGACGUCAAGCCUGAGAACAUUCUCAUUACUGCAGACGGUGUAGUGAAGCUUUGUGAUUUUGGUUUUGCACGGAUGUUGAGCCCUGGCGAAAAUUAUACAGAAUAUGUGGCAACUAGAUGGUACAGAGCACCAGAAUUAUUGGUGGGUGAUACUCAGUAUGGUACUCCAGUUGAUGUUUGGGCAAUUGGCUGUGUUUUCGCUGAAUUAAUCAGAGGGGAAGCUCUGUGGCCGGGAAAGUCUGACGUAGAUCAAUUAUACUUAAUCAGAAGGACACUGGGUGAUCUUUUACCUCGGCACAUGACAAUAUUCCAGCAGAAUGAAUUUUUCGCUGGAGUUAUAUUACCCACUCCUCAAACAUUAACACCCCUCGAAACCACUUUACCCCUUACCACCAGUACUCCAAUGCACAUUGACUUACUCAAGAAAUGUGUCGAUAAAGACCCUGAGCAGCGAUGGGCAUGCGAUCAAUUAUUGCUACAUGUUUAUUUUGAAAAUUACGCUUUUAAAUUCCCAGAUGGUGAGAUGCAAGAAUUCGACAAGUUGAAAAAAUAUAGAGAUAAUAGACCGAGGAAUCCAACUACUACUACUACUACUGCUACUACAUUCAACACCAUGGUUCUCCCACAGCUUAUUACUUCCAAAGGUGCUGGAAUUAACAAUCAACACGACCGUCCAAAGAGCUCUUCUGUACAUCAACAUCAUUUCGAUCAUUUACCCACAAUUCGUGGUUGUAAUUAGCAAUUUUAUUCAUUAUUUAAGAGUUGCGAUAAUACACAACUCUUUAAAAAAAAGUGGCCGUAAAUAAACUGUAUAUUUCAUCAA